GCAUAUUUCAAUUAUCCUAUUUUCUUCUCUUCUUCUCUCUCACAAAAAAAACUUCACAACCCCUCGACGAAACCCUAACUUUUUCACGAUCCUUCUUCUUCCUCUUCCUCCCUCUCGUUGAACUCUCAAAAUCACAACCAUGUCUGCAGCACUCGAUAUGACCCUCGACGACAUCAUUAAGAACAACAAAAAAUCCGGAUCCGGUAACCCUAGAGGAGGCCGUUCCAGACCCGGACCCGCUUCCGGACCUGGACCCGCUCGCCGUAUUCUUAAUCGCGCCGGUAACCGCGCCGCACCUUACUCCGCCGCUAAGGCGCCGGAGACGACGUGGCAGCAUGAUUUGUAUGCAGAUCAGCAUGUAGCUGCGGCGGCGUAUCCAGCAGCUCAAGGUGGUCGUGCUCCUUCUAUUGAAACUGGAACCAAGCUCUAUAUUUCUAAUUUGGAUUAUGGUGUUUCCAAUGAUGAUAUUAAGGAGUUGUUUUCUGAAGUUGGUGACUUGAAACGGCACGGCGUUCAUUAUGACAGGAGUGGCAGAUCGAAGGGUACCGCAGAAGUAGUCUUCUCACGGAGACAAGAUGCUGUAGCUGCUGUGAAGAGAUACAACAAUGUUCAACUAGAUGGGAAACCAAUGAAGAUAGAGAUUGUUGGAACCAACAUUUCUACACCUGGUGCGGCUCCUGUUGUAAAUGCACCCAUUGGAAAUUUUAAUGGAAUUCCUCAAAGUGGGCAAGGCAGAGUUGGAGAAUUUCGAGGGCCGGGAGGAAGAGGUCAAGGCAUUCGAAGAAAUCGAGGACGUGGAAGAGGUAGCGGUGGACCCCGUGGUGGUGGUCGUGGUGGAGGUCGUGGUAGAGGCCGUGAUGAUAAAGUAUCUGCAGAAGAUCUUGAUGCUGAGCUGGAGAAGUAUCAUGCUGAGGCCAUGCAAUUAAACUGAAGGAGUUAUCUUAGUUCUGUUUUCUUCUUGCUUUUACAUCUAUGGUUAUUAGGUGCGCAUUGUGAUGGAUGACCACAUAUGUUUAUGUAUUUGGAGCCCUAUGUUUUAGGGAAGGGAAAAAACUUGAGUGAAAACUGUUGCUUGAUAUGGAGUUUGGGCUUCUGUUGUCUAAAAUAUUCGUAUUCCUUGGGAAUGUAUGAACUUUGAGUUAUCAGAAGUCAGCUUGUAAUGUGCAUGCACUCUAGGUUACUUUCAUUGACGUUAUUAAUUUGUUUAUCAA